AUGUCCACCAGCGAGAUCUCGCAGACUCGGGGCUCCCGGGGGAACCCCCAGUUCCGCCUUCCUGGCCCUGGGCCCCCGCGUCUGCGACAAAGGAACCCCCGAGUCCUGGAAACCAGCUCGCCACGCAAUCUGCACCAGCCCCAGUCCAGAGCCCACCGAGUUAGACCCAAGAAGAUAGUAUUUGAAGAUGAGCUGCGUCUCCAGACUCUCUUGAGUACAAAGAAGCCUGUUGGAGCCAGCUCUGGAGAAUGUAUACCACGGAGGCACUACCCAGUACCCGACUAUGAGCUUAAAUACCCACCAGUGAGCUGUAAGAGGGAGCGGAGUCGCUACUCGGCUGUGUUUCAGGACCAGUACUCGGAGUUCUUGGAAUUGCAGCGUGAGGUGACUUCAGUGCAGGCAAAGCUACAACAACUUCAGACUCUGCUGAGCUCGCUGCCCCCACCCCACAGCCAGAAGGAGGCCCAUGUCACAGCUCGAGUCUGGAAGGAAUUUAAGAAGAAGCAAAUGGACCCCAGCUUUCUGGAUAAGCAGGCUCGUUGCCAAUACCUGAAGGGCAAAUUGAGGCACCUCAAGAUCCAGAUCCAGAAAUUUGAUGAUCAAGAGGACAGCGAGGGUUCAGUGUACUUCUGA